ACAAAGCAGUGCAGACUGGGUACUCUGACUUCCUGACUUGCAACCAUGCUACAGGCAAUCGUUUUUGCUAUCUUGGCCCUGUCCUGUAUCCAUGCUAUGCCAGCACCUAUCACUGACAAUAAUAUCAGUCCAUCGGACCGUCAGUUUGCUCAGGGUUACUUGGACAAAUACUACUUGAUGACAGCAAAAUCAAAGAACACCUUUGCGGAAAAAAUCAAAGAGAUGCAAAAGUUCUUUGGGAUGUCGGUGACAGGGAGGUUGGACUCGGACACCAUGGCAAUGAUGAAGACCCCCCGGUGCGGAAUGCCCGAUGUUGCAGAGUUCAGACAGUUCCCUGGGAGGCAGAGAUGGACAAAAACCCAGCUGACAUACAGAAUUGUAAAUUACACUCCUGACCUUCCUCGCUCAAUGGUAGAUGAAGCAAUACGGUUGGCAUUUAAAGUGUGGAGUGAUGUGACCCCACUAAAAUUCACACGAAUUUCCUCCAGACGGGCAGACAUAAUGAUCCAGUUUGGAGCCCGCUCGCAUGGAGAUUUCAUCCCAUUUGAUGGCCCUAAUGGAGUUCUAGCUCAUGCCUUUGCUCCAGGUAGUGGCAUAGGAGGUGAUGCCCAUUUUGAUGAAGAUGAAAGAUGGACCAGUACUAGUGCAGGUUUCAAUUUGUUCCUUGUAGCGGCACAUGAAUUUGGGCACUCGCUGGGAUUAGACCACUCUAGAGACCCACGUGCGUUGAUGUUCCCAAGCUAUCGUUAUAUGAACACCAGGAACUUCCGCUUGCCACAAGAUGAUGUCAAUGGAAUACAGUCAAUAUAUGGGAGAAAAACUGGCAAAUAGUACCAGUUGGGUUUUUAUGUGAAGGUGUUAGAUCAACAUAAACAUAUGUUCAGUGCUUUAGCAUGAUGAUCAUUUUAUUCUUAUAUCAAAGGAGAAUCUAGAUGCCCAAGCCUUAGCAUAUGUUACCUGUGGCAUUAUGUUCCGCUUUAUCUACUUGCAAACAGAACCUUACUGUUGAGAUGAAUAGAGGGAUCUGUUACAGUUUGCAAUAUAAUGUUACUGCAGGGGACACAUUUGCUGUAGAUAACUAUAAAGUAUUUUCCUAGCAACCUGAAGGUUGGAGAGCAUAUACUGAAACAUGCAAAAGCCUCAGUAGAAAGGUACUUAGGAAAUACUCAAAAAAGCACAGAUGCACUUUCAUCUUGGCAAUGUGGAUAGAAUGGCAGCUUAUUAGUUUUAAAGGGUGCACGUGGUUUAUCAGAUAAGGAUUCUGGCAUUGGUUCAUCCAAGAUUUGCCUGAAGUGAAGGUUCUACACCAAGACAUUGGCCCAAAGUCUUCUCCUCACACUACUGCCAAGACCCCAGAACAGUAUUAACUCAAAUAUUUUGCAGGACAUUUGUACAAAACACAUGCAUAUAGAAUUCUCUGGGCAGUUACCCGAAAAGACAGCCAAUGAUUGUAGCCAUGAAUACUUAGAAGUACUUGGUGGUUUGUCUACUGUGCUACUCAAUAGGACAUAUUUAUUAUAGUGUGUACGCCAACAUCAACGGUGAUGUUGCUCCAGGGUCGGACUGGGCUGUGAAGGGCCCACCGGGGCUCCCGUCCCAGGGGCCCUGCAGGUGCACUCAGCCAGGCGUGUCCUCAAAUCCCCCCCCAGGGGCCCCCUUAACCCCUCUUGCAGGGCCCCCACCCGGCGUCCUCCCCAAGCGCAUAAAUUUGACACGUUGGGGCAGAAGCGUUCGGGAGAGGGAGCGCCGGCAAGGGUCGGGUCUGGGCCGCCGGGCCCACUAGAGCCGGGGCCCACCAGGAUUUUUCCCGGUGUCCCGGCGGCCCAGUCCGACCCUGUGUUGCUCAUAGCAACUAAUCAAAUCUUUGCUUUUGUUUUCUAACUAGGUUGGUGUCCAUUUAAACCUAAUAGCUGAUUGGUUGCUAUGAGCAACAUCAUCGUUGGCUAACACACUAUAAUAAAUAUACCCCAAUAUAUACAAUGAUGUAACCAGCAAUACUGACCAAAGAAAAGCCAUGUUCAACAGUCCAAGACGAAAUUGCCGCAUAAUUAAAUACAAUAGCAUGCAAUAUGAAAAAGCUCCAGCAGGUUGUGUACCAAUCACAUGUUUUUUUUUUAAAGGUAGAUUUUAUUUGUUUUACAAAAUCAAAACAAAACAACAAAAGUAGAACAUGAAUGUUGCUAUACAGUUUGUUACAAUAAAAUAAGAAGUUGUUUA